GCUGUUGAAAACCGAGAGAGCAUACCUCUUCCUCUCUGUGCAGAUCUAGUCUUGCGCAUUGUUCGUGUCCACCAGCAGCUUGUCCUUGUAUCAGGACUGACGUUCCCCUAUUAUCAGCGACGGGGCUGUUGGGCAUACAAGGGAGCUGUGAAGGCUCAGAAGAGUUGCUGUGAAGGUCACCGGCAGCGACAUUCAUCCCUCUUACCGGACAAUUGGACAGAUCUGGCAGAUCUGGCCGUGCCCUGUGUCCGGCGUUGUUGCUGUUGUGCGUACAUGGGCCUGUUGACAUAUCGGAGGAUUAGAAGUUUGGCUCGAACUCGCCUUCCACUGUUUCUCUGCCCAGAUCUAUGCUGCCCCUGUCCGGCAUCCAAAUCGCUGGAGAAUGAAGAACCAGCCUUACCAUGUAUGCUGUGACUGGUGCGAUCAGCUCUUGUGGGCAGCCUAUGGCGCAGAGAUGAGGCAGAGGUGUUGCUAUCGUUACCAGUCUUCUCUCUUCUAAGAUCUAAGCCCGUGGGUAGUUGAAGGACAUAGACAAUUACGUUUGACUUUAAAGUGAGCCGGCCAAGUAUUUUAGGUAUUGGCCUCGUUAAGAUCCAGAACCUCUCCUCACCUCAUUUCUUAGAUAGGCCACACCACACCAACCUUUAUUUUUCUUAAGGUGAGAGAGAUUUCUGGAAGUAGUGAGCUUCCUAGCUAUGGCAAUCUCAGCAGCCGGAUCGAGUAGUGAUGAUGCUGCACCAGCAUCACGAGGCGAGUACAAUGUGUUCCUGAAUUUCAGAGGAGAGGACACUCGUCAUGGAUUUACAGAUUUCCUCUACAAUGACUUGAAUGCUGCGGGAGUCCACGUGUUCAGGGACGAAGAAAAACUCCCGAUUGGUGAAGUGAUUAGUGAGGAACUUAAACAAGCUAUCAAGAACACCAGAAUCUACAUACCAAUCUUCUCUGAGACUUAUGCUUCCAGUAAAUGGUGCCUUCGUGAGUUGAAGCUCAUGAUAGACAAUGUCUUUGAAUCAGAGGAUAAAAAAAGUAUCCUUCCCAUUUUUUUCCACGUGGAAUCUGACGAUGUCAAACUCAAGAAACCAUUAUAUGAAGCUGAUCUCAAGAAACACGAGGAGAACUUUCGUGAUGAAGUCGAGGGAUGGAAAGGAGCUCUUAUAAAGGUAACUGAACGCAAGGGAUGGGUCGUGACAAAGGACCAAAGGUAAUACUCUUUAAUGAUCCCUACAUCCUUCAUAUUUUUUCUGUUUUAGGGGAACGUUGCACUUUUCUUAACGGAUGAUAUUGAAAACAAACUCCAAUUGCUGCUCUCAUUCAACUUUUCAUCCUCUGCUAUUAACAUCUUCCCCAAAAUUUUCCCCUACUGUGUCAGUAAACUUCGAUACCUUUCAUCCUCUUAGAAAGGUAACUUCAUUCCUGUCAACCAUUUUUUUCCUCUUCCCGUCUCAUAAGGUUACGAAAUAUUCGAGAGCACCCAUUGGCAUUUGCUAUUUGGGAUGGUUACCAAAAUCAACUUCAAAUUUUGCACCCGUAGUGAUCUGCAUUCUCAGUAGCUUCGACCCAGAAAAUAGAUUUUU